AUGGAUAGCAUGAGUGAGGCAUUUGAUCAAAUGCAAAUGGUCAAGGAUGUUCUAGCCAACAGUGAUAAAGUUUCAGAGGUCCUACAAGAGUCUACUCAUCAGUUCAACCUGCUUACUUCACCCACCUUCCUACCAAAGGUCAAGGAUCAAGGGAAAUUCACUCUCCCUUGCACACUUGGGCAUCUUGAGCUUGACAAUGCCUUAGUGGAUUCUGGAGCAAGCAUCAAUCUGAUCUCUCUCUCCAUGGCAGAGAAGCUAGGCAUUGCUGGAGCCUUGCAGCGCCCUACUACUUCAAUCAUGUUUGGAGAUGCAACUUCUAAGUCUCCUCUUGGAGUGUUCAAGAACUAUCACUUGAAAAUUGGAGAAUGCAUCAUCCAAACUGAUCUUACUGUGGGACUAGCUCAACCAAUGCCUAAGAAGUUAAGUUUAGGUGUCAAAGGAGCCAGCUCGACCGACAGCUCGAUCGAGCUAGAAACCAGGGCAACUCGAUCGAGUUCCACAACUCGACCGAGAGGAGGGAAUGGCUCUCCAAUGAAGAAGGAAGUGAUGAGACUGAGAGUGAAGAGGAAGGAGAAGAGGUCAAUCAAGAGAUUGAGAAGUGAGCAUGAGAGCAAUGAGAAUGUGCCAAUGGAGGAGGCUGAAUCAGAGGAAGAGGAUGAGCUCCCCAUGUACCAAGAGCACUACAAUGCUCUCUUCUCCAUGGACUUUGUGGAGACCAAGUACCCACAUGAUGACACAUGA